AAAGACAGUCUUGACGGAGGGAGAAAUGGCGGGGUAGGGAGGAGGCGGUGCGCCAGGCUGAUCCUUAGAUAGGCAUGGGUCGAUCCUGGAAGGCGGUGGAGGGCUUGGAAGAGAGAAAGAAGAGGAGGGCGUGGAGGAGGAGAGAAGAACACAGACGAAGCAGGUGUCCGCACGUCCGGCCGUCCAUCCGUCCGUUCCUCCCGGGGCCGGCGCUGACCAUGCCAAGCAGCUGCCGCUGUCUACAUCUCGUGUGCCUGUUGUGCAUCCUGGGGGCACCCGUUCAGCCUGCCCGAGCCCAGAGCCGAGCCCAGCCAGUGACUGAGACCCCGCAUCUCAGGGAGCCGAACCCCGACCCGGGAUCACCCCUCCCACGUCGAUCUCUUGCAGCGGAUGACUGCAGCUCCCACUGUGACCUGGCCCACGGCUGCUGUGCGCCUGACGGCUCCUGCAGAAGCCCUGGUCUUGCCUCCUCCAUUUCCUCAGAUCUCCCUACCCAGAGCCCUGCCCCUGUGCUUCUCCCCAUCAGGUGUGACCCAGGCUGGGAAGGGCUGCACUGUGAGCGCUGUGUGAGAAUGCCUGGCUGCCAGCAUGGUACCUGCCACCAGCCCUGGCAGUGCAUCUGUCAUACUGGCUGGGCGGGCAAGUUCUGUGACAAAGAUGAGCACAUCUGUACCAUGCAGACGCCCUGUCGGAACGGAGGCCAGUGCGUCUAUGACGGGGGUGGCGAGUACCACUGUGAAUGCCCACCAGGCUUCCAUGGGCGUGACUGCGAGCGCAAGGCUGGACCCUGUGAGCAGGCAGGCUCCCCGUGCCGGAAUGGCGGGCAGUGCCAGGAUGACCAGGGCUUUGCUCUCAACUUCACCUGCCGCUGUUUGGCGGGCUUCGUGGGUGCCCGCUGUGAGGUCAAUGUCGACGACUGUCUGAUGCGGCCUUGUGCCAAUGGCGCCACCUGCCUGGAUGGCAUAAACCGCUUCUCCUGCCUCUGCCCUGAGGGCUUUUCUGGACGCUUCUGCACCAUCAACCUGGAUGACUGUGCCAGCCGUCCAUGCCAGAGAGGGGCCCGCUGUCGGGACCGUGUCCAUGACUUUGACUGUCUCUGCCCCAGUGGCUACGGCGGCAAGACCUGUGAGCUCAUCUUACCCAUCCCAGAUCCUGCCACCACCGCGGAUAUCCGCCAGGGGACCACCUCGGCUAUGGCGGUACCUGCCACAGGGCCUGUCCCUCACAGCGUGGGGGCGGGUCUGCUGCGCAUCUCAGUGAAGGAGGUGGUGCGGAGGCAAGAGGUGGGGCUGGGCGCAUCUAGCCUGGCAGCCGUGGUGGUAUUUGGGGCCCUCACGGCCGCCCUGGUCCUGUCCACCAUGUUGCUGACCCUGAGGGCCUGGCGCCGGGGUGUCUGCCCCCCCGGACCCUGUUGCUACCCUGCCCCACACUAUGCCCCGGCACGCCAGGACCAGGAAUGUCAGGUUAGCAUGCUGCCGGCAGGGCUCCCGCUGUCACCUGACCUGCCCCCUGAGCCUGGAAAGACCACAGCACUGUGAUGGAGGUGGGGGCUUUCC